AUGAGCAUGGUGAUGCUGAUCACUUUGCUGCCGGCGAUGAUUCCCUCGCUGAUGACCAACCUCAAGUACAUCUCGCCCGUCUCGCUGUUCGCCAAUGUGGCGCUGCUGUUUGGAUUGAUUGCCACCCUGACCAUCGCCUUCUCGGACGGGCCGAUGCCGUCGAUUGGGGACCGGCACCUCUUCACGGGCGGCGCCCAGUUGUCCCUGUUCUUUGGCACCGCCCUCUUCUCCUACGAGGGCAUCGCCCUCAUCCUGCCGCUCCGGAACUCGAUGCGCCGCCCGGAGAACUUCAGCACCCGGUUCGGGGUCCUCAACUCGACCAUGUUCUUCACCACGGGCCUCUUUAUUUUCACCGGAUUCGUGAGCUACGUGCGAUGGGGCGAGGAGGUAGCCGGCAGCAUAACGCUGAAUCUCGUGGUGGAGGAGGUAUUUUCGCAGGUGGUGAAAGUAGUCGCCGCUCUGGGCGUUUUCCUGGGCUAUCCCAUCCAGUUCUUUGUGAUGAUAAAAAUCCUCUGGCCGCCAAUCAAGCGGACAAAUAAUUGCUCUCAAAAGUAUCCCAUUACCAUGCAGGUGUGUCUGCGUUUUUUCAUGGUGAUGAUGACAUUUGGCGUUGCGCUGGUCGUUCCCAAGCUAAAUCUGUUCAUCUCGCUGAUCGGGGCUCUGUGCUCCACCUGUCUGGCCUUCGUGAUCCCGGUGCUGAUCGACUUUGUCACGCGGGCGCCGGUGCCCAAGGGCCUGGGGGUGUGGUCCUAUAUCAAGAACAUCCUCAUCCUGACGGUGGCCGUGCUGGGAAUUGUCACCGGCACCUACCAGAGCAUCGUGGAGAUCGUCAAGGAGUUUAAGUAG